AUGAGUGAGGCACUUACGCCACCAGAUUCCUGGAGUCACGGUCACCCCGACGUGAAUGCGGAGUUGAAGAUGCUUCGGGGUGCUGUGGCGCAGGCUCUUGUGGAGGCGCGGCAAUCUAGUGAUUUUUGCCGGGGGAUUAAACAUGACAUCAGUGAAUAUUUCCAAUCGGAGCAAUGGAGGCGUGUGCAGUCUGGGGAUUCUAUCGAGAGUGAACAAUUCAUCCCUAACGUCAUGGCAUCCGUCGACGGCCAUCUAGCAGAGUUUGAGAGCUUUAUCAUUGGAAGGGUUCGUGAGGAGCUUGAGAAUAAGGUGGACAAGGAUUUGUCAGAAAAAUUCGAUUCUUACAGAAUGCAACUUGAGCAUAUUCGUCAACAAGAAGAGGAACGGGAGGCACGACUGAGGUUCAUUCUGGAAGAUGCCGUUCAGAUGAAUUGCGAGUUGCGCAAUGAAAUGAAAUGGUGUGCCUCCGAACUGUGGGACCGUGUAAGUGCCAUAGAGGAAAAACUGAAAUUUAUGGCAACACGUCCCCAUACGAACCCCGGCGGAAAGGACGUGAUGGACCUUGACCUCCCGAAUGCGCUGCGUGAGGUGAUUGGGAUCUUGACUCUUCUCUCCGAAGGUUUGGAGGUGGAGCGGGAGUUGCACAACGAGGAACGGCAACGGUGGAUGUCUUUGAUGUCACGAGCCGUUGAAAAAAUCCGGCUGUUGGGAGAGCGCGAUGAGGCACUUGAAGCAAAUUUGCAGGAAUUACGACAGGUGGCGGCGGCAAUUCAGCACCGAUUUGGAGAAUUUUCGGGGGUUUUGGUUGAUUUUUGGCACAGGCUAGAAAUGAUGGGUUCCCCUUCCGUGGCUGUUGAAGGCGCCGCAUGUGAGGGAAGUCUGGGUAUGUAUUCAAAGGCAGGGAUAUGUGCAAAAAAACAGAUGGAUGACUUCAUGAAGAAACUCCAUGAAGUUGGUGUGGCCCUGCGUGCACUACAAGUGGAGCACGUUGGCUUUAAAGACAUUUUGGAUAGCAACACAGUGAAUAUAACGGAAAUUCGACGAAAUGUGGAGGCGCUAGCAGUUGGUGCGAGCUUAAUUGCUGAAGAACGUGAACGCAUAGACAGAGAGGAAAGUUCGCUUGACCUCCAAUAUUUGAUUCGUAGCACCCCUAGAGAUGGCAAUGGAUGUGAAGGGAGCACCGGCACCCCUCGUAGAGGUGAUUUAUCUCUACGAAAACAAUGGCAGUUCGCACAUUUGCCGAAAUUGAAGCUGCUGCAUAGGAAAAUCUGUAACAUUCCCGUUUCCCACGCGUUUCGCUUGUGGGCUGCUUGGGCGAGUGGUCGCCGUCAACUGCGUCGGGACAAAACCAUGGUUCACGAACUUCAGGAGGACCUGGACACGAAUUCAUUGGGCUCUCGAAAAUAUAAAAGGGGGAAGGAGGAGGGGGAAGAAAAGGAACUGGCGGUAGGCUGUAGGCGGCUGGGCAUCGAGGUGGGAUGCGCAAAGGCACGGAUUCAAUAA